AUGGACACCACAACAAUCUCUGUAAAAUGGGCUAUGGCUGAGCUAUUUAAGAACCCAAGGGUGCAACACAAGGCUCAGGAGGAGCUAGACUGUGUUAUCGAAUGGGAACGCGUGAUAACAGAAGCCGAUUUUACUACCCUCCCAUACCUACAAUGUGUAGCCAAAGAGUCACUACGGUUGCACCCUCAGCGACUACACAAUCUAGGGCGAAGUGGACCGGAUCGUGCGGGCGACGAGUUUCGGUUCGGCUCGGAGUACUCGUUCCCAUGCUCGGUCGAGACGGGCUGGUGGCGAAGAGCAUGUUUAUGGGUUCAGAGGAGACGCGGAAAGAGGACGAAGUACUGUGAAGGUGAAGCAGAUCUAUUAUGA